AUGGACCAGUUCGAAGCACACGAAGGCUCAUAUGACCACCAGCAUCGAAAGCGUCUAAAAGACCUUCAACAACUGACGAAAGACCCCAACGCUGCUUCCCGAGCUCGAGAAUCAGAACGCAAAGCCAAUGAAGAAGCUGGCAUCAAGUCUAUCAAUCUCAAUCUGUCUGGUGCUGGUUCCAGUUCGAGCAAGAAGAAGCCUGUCUUCAAAAGUACACUACAGCCGCAUAAUGCUGCUGCGUUUGGCCAAUCAACGACCUCCUCUUCGCUGAGCGGUGCUGGUGCUGGUAUUGCUGAGGUAGAGAUGAGCGAACCGGCUGACGAAAGCUGGAUCGAGGAGUGGAAUGCGGAUCCAAGUCAAAUGAAAGCCAAUGGCUGGGAGGCAGAGAGAUUCGACCCGAGAUUCCCAGCCGGCGAGUGCGGACGAUGUCGUAGGCGGUGCGAGGGACAUGGUGUUCUGGAUGCGCGAGAGUCUUAUGCUGAGUGGAGGGGCAGGUCCGAAGCUGGGAUGCAGGAGUGGACCAAGCGUUUGACCGAUAUGGCUGCUCCGCGAUGA